UAUCUAUCGUCUCUCUUUUGUUGCAAAGACCAGACUCUCUGACGGACUCGGAGAGUUUCCUACUCAGAUGGCAUUGUGUUACUGGAAAGCUCUGUUGCUACUACUACUGCUUUCAUGCCUCUUCAGUGUUUCGUAUUCUAGUCUCGGCGAUGCCGAUCCAAACUACAGGGCAUGUGUUGGAGAAUGCGAGAUAAGCGGCUGCGUCGGACAACUAUGCUUUCCUCAGUGCAACUCUUCGUCCAACACUGGUCCAUGGUACACACAAGAGCCUCUGUAUCUACAAUGGCAAAAGUGGGGAUGCCAAGGUGAUUGCCGUUAUCACUGUAUGGUUAAUAGAGAGAAAGAACGCGAAACUCUAGGUCAACCCCCACUCAAGUAUCAUGGUAAAUGGCCUUUCAAGCGUCUCCUUGGGAUUCAGGAGCCUGCUUCGGUUGCUUUCUCUGUGCUCAACCUAGCGAUGCAUUUCCACGGCUGGAUCUCCUUCUUUAUCACACUAUACUAUAAGUUACCUCUCAGACAAGAUAAGACGGCUUACUAUGAGUACGUUGGUUUGUGGCAUAUCUACGGUUUCUUGUCAAUGAACUCUUGGUUCUGGAGUGCGGUUUUCCACACUCGGGAUGUUGACAUCACUGAGAGGUUGGACUACUCGUCUGCAAUAGCUGUUAUCGGAUUCUCACUCAUCGUAUCCAUCUUGAGAACAUUUGAUGUUCGGGUCGAGGCUGCAAGAGUCAUGGUAUCCGCUCCAGUGCUAGCUUUUGUCACCACUCACAUACUCUACAUUAACUUCUACAAACUCGACUAUGGGUGGAACAUGAUUGUGUGUGUGGCCAUGGGAGUCGCUCAGCUUUUACUAUGGGCGAGAUGGGCUGUUAUCUCGAGACAUCCUUCUAACUGGAAACUUUGGGUGGUUGUGUUAGCUUCAGGCUUAGCUAUGCUUUUGGAGAUAUAUGACUUUCCUCCGUAUGAAGGCUACUUCGAUGCUCACUCUAUUUGGCACGCUGCCACGGUUCCUCUGACUGUUCUCUGGUGGAGCUUUAUUAGAGAUGAUGCUGAGUUCAGAACUUCUAAUCUUCUCAAGAAAUCUAAGACCAAGGUAAAAUAAGCUUAUUUGUCUGACAGAUGCAGAGGUUUCUUAAGUUUUUAUUUCCAAUGUUUUUAUUCAGAGAUUUGUCUUUGCCUUGCUUACUUUUGGUCAAUUGAGAUUUUGAUAUUAGUUUCUCAUUCAUAAGCACGCUUAUGCUAAUCUUUUUGGAGUCGAGACUUUGUUAAUAUUAUGAUAAAAUCUUGUGAUAUAUAUGAUUGU